AUGAGCGUGUCAUCUGAGAAGGCCCAGCGCGCCCCAUGGCGUGAUCGACUUGACUCACAUCUCAAGCAAACACCAGGCUAUGAGUUUACAAUCGCAACAAUUGGCUACGACGCUCAGCAACGCCCUGUGCCUCGCUUACGGACCUGCGGUUGCCGUGGCUUCUUCCCGGAGCUUGAACUCCAUCCCAAGGGACAAGAAGCUAUGGAUCAGCAGGUUGAGGGUGGUGCCAAUCCAUCAAUUUUCGAGAGUGAUAUGCUCACUUUUACGACUGAUGUUCGAAUGGAAAAGCUUCCUCAGUUAGAAUCUUCUGGGCAUGCCAUCGAGGCCAUGUUCUGGCUGAAGGAUGUGAUGACCCAAUGGCGCAUCAAGGGGACAGCUUAUGCAAUUGGAAAUCCACAGGGAGAAGACGCAGAAGAAGGAAACUCCCGAGCGGAGGUUCAAAGGGCUUUGAGGUUGAAAGGCGAUGAGAGUGAUAUCUCGAAAUGGACGUGGGAAAAAGCAGUCACAAAGUACUUUGCAAACCACUCUCCCGUUGCAAGAGGUUCUUUCCGGAAUCCUCCACCUGGACAGUCUAGGUCUGAUUACCCCAAUAACCCAGAUCUGAAGUUGGGCCAAAAGGUCACAGAUCUCCACGAUCCCGUGGCCCGAGCUAACUUCCGUGUGGUCAUCAUUCGUCCCGAAGAAGUCGAGGAACUAGAUCUGACAGAUCAAGAGAAUUGCAAGAGAAGAAAUUGGAAACUUGCAGGAGACAGGGAUGAUGGCACUGAUUUGUGGAAUGAGAUUGAGGUGUGGCCGUGA